AAUCGAGCGUGGAGCUUGUGUUGAUGUCGGCUGCUGCUGUCCCCUCCAUUUAGUAACGCACUGGGACCAAACUUCAAGCCCCAAGAUGUUUCUGUCUGCUGCAGUUCGCUCUGCAGUAUCGCAGACGGCCAGACAGGUGAGGAGUCUGCAUCGGUCUGCUGCACGCGCUGGAGCUGGUGGCAUCUUUGUGCACCGAGAUACUCCUGACAACAAUGCAGAUACUCCUUUUGACUUCACUGAGGAGAACAAAAUGAGGAUUGAGGCGAUCAUUUCAAUGUACCCUGUUGGACACAAGCAGGCAGCCACCAUCCCAGUGUUGGACGUAGCCCAGAGGCAACAUGGAUGGCUCCCUAUCUCUGCCAUGAACAAGGUUGCUGAGGUUCUGGAAGUUGCUCCAAUGAGAGUGUAUGAAGUAGCGACCUUCUAUACCAUGUUCCUGCGUCAACCCGUGGGGAAAUACUUCAUUCAGAUCUGCACAACAACACCCUGCAUGCUCUGCAACUCAGACAGCAUCCUGGAGGCCAUCCAAAACAAACUGGGUAUCAAAGUUGGGGAAACUACCCCCGACAAGAUGUUCACUCUAAUAGAAGUGGAAUGCUUGGGUGCCUGUGUGAACGCUCCAAUGGUCCAGAUCAACGACAACUAUUACGAGGACCUCUCACCGAAGGACAUUGAGGACAUUAUUGAUGAGCUUAAAGCAGGCAGAGUCCCACUACCUGGGCCCAGAAACGGGCGUUUCUCCUGUGAGCCUGCAGGUGGAUUGACUUCUCUGAUAGAGCCUCCUAAAGGUCCAGGAUUCGGUGUAAGACCGGACCUGUAGACAUUUUCUGCCACCAUCUGCUUUUGUUAAAAGCAACUUGUCCCUGAAGCUGAUAUAAAGCUUAAUUCAAACAUGUUGUGUAAAUAAAUUGUUCAUAUACCCGUGCUCAAGGUGUCAUGGUGU